AUGACCUUGCAAGCCAAAAGCAGCUUGAAAUAUCCGCCACAUCAAUGGUUUGAUAUUCAGAAGAGUGGUCUGGCAAAAGAACGCCAGACUCAAAGAAGCAACUUUCGACGAGCGCAUCCGCAUUUGGUCGCUCCACUGCCUGUGCUCUCACCGGAUGAUUUGGAAGAUCCAGCCAAGACCAUCGUGCCUCCUAGCGAUAUUUUUGCAGCAUCGUGGACUGCAACCCUGUCCAAAGUUGGAAGCAUCCAAGGUACCUCUUGCUGGCGCCAAACCCCUGAGAGAGGGCCUGCUCCUCAUCUCAUACCUCCACGACCUGGGGUGAAAUGCAGCAGUACUGGUGAGAUCUACCUGUCAAAAAGUCCAGCACAGGUGCCUUUUCGUGUGAGCACUGCUCCAGACCUGAAGAUGGUUGAUAAUGUCCUUUUCCGACCACGGCUUUAUAGUGAGCAACGCGUCGCAGGAAUUCCCAUGCAGGCUGGAUCCCCAUGA